AUGACACGUGGCUGCAUCAUUGCCCCGCCAGCUAGUGUCGGUUUUAUUCUCUCUCUAUAAAAACCCGACCGCUCCCAAAAAGCUGCCGACUUUCUCUCUCUAAAAUCCCUCAAAAUCAACGCUUUUCGAUUUCGAACUCUUCGAAAUUCAAAUUAUCCAAAUUUCGCAUUUUCAUUUUCUCAAAUUAUCCGAUAAUUUUUCCGGUCAAUCGCACCACCGUCACGCCACCACCAUGGGCGGUUCGCAAAGCCGCGAAGGACUCGAACUUUCGGAUUCGGAAUACUCCAGCGACGGCGAGGAGGAGGAGCAGCAAGAGGCAAAGUACGCCGAUGCAGAGGAUCGCACCCCAGAAGCGAGUGCCGAAACCCUAGACGAUCUGGAUUCGAGGUUGCGGGCUUUGAAAUUGAAGUACCAGAAAAGCCCCGCCACCGCCUCUCGGAAACCUAACGCCGGCAUCGGGAACGCCGUGAAGCUCUUCCUCCACAUCGGCGGGAACACGCCCAAAGCGAAGUGGGUGGUGUCGGAGAAGCUGAGCUCGUAUGGCUUCGUCAAGAUGCUGAAAAUUGAUGGCGAGGAGGAGUACGACGAGGAUGAAUUGGGCCGUGGUGAAGGAUUUUGGGUAUUGAAAGUGGGGAGGAAAAUUAGGGCUAGGGUUUCGACUGAUUUGCAGAUGAAGUUUUUCGGGGACCAGAGGAGGGUUGAUUUCGUGGACGGCGGUGUUUGGGCUUUGAAAUUUUUCUCCGACGGGGAUUACAGGAGCUUUGUGACUAAAUUCCAGGAUUGUUUGUUUGAAAAUGUGUAUGGAUUGAAACCAACAGAGGAAAACAAGGUGAAAAUCUAUGGGAAGGACUUUCUGGGAUGGGUGAAGCCCGAGGAUUCGGAUGAUUCAAUGUGGGAGGAUGCAGAUGCCGGCGAAUGGAGAAGUCCUGAUAAGGCCCGUUCAAUGGAGUUUUCAGACAGGGAGAAUCAGGACUUGCUCAAGGAAUUUGAGGAGGCUGCUGUGGGUGGCGGCAUCCAGAGCCUGGCCCUUGGGGCACUGGAUAACAGCUUCUUAGUCAGUGACUCGGGAGUUCAGGUCGUGAAAAAUUUCAGCCAUGGGAUUCACGGCAAGGGAGUAUAUGUGAAGUUCGACGACCAGAAACUGGGUAGCUCUAGCUCGGGAACUGCCAAGAAGGCACUUUUGAUGAGGGGCGAAACCAAUAUGAUGCUCAUGAGCACUCUUAAGGAAGGAAAGCUGCAGUCGCCCGGGCUUCUCCAGAUGGACAUUGAAACAGGAAAAAUCAUCACGGAUUGGAAGUUUGAGAAGGAUGGUGCAGAUAUAACCAUGAAAGAUAUCACUAGCGAUGCAAAGGGCUCCCAGCUAGACCCAUCUGAGUCGACCUUCUUGGGAUUAGACGACAAUCGCCUUUGCCAGUGGGAUAUGAGGGAUAAGAAAGGGAUGGUUCAGAAGAUGGCGAGUACUUCAGGCUCGCCUGUACUUCACUGGACUCAGGGCCACCAAUUCUCGAGGGGGACGAAUUUCCAGUGUUUUGCCACUGCUGGGGAUGGUUCUAUUGUUGUGGGGUCCCUUGAUGGGAAAAUAAGGCUCUACUCAAGAACUUCUAUGAGGCAGGCGAAAACGGCCUUCCCAGGGCUCGGUUCGCCUAUUACGUCAGUUGAUGUGACGUAUGAUGGGAAGUGGGUGUUGGGCACGACAGAUACGUAUUUGAUCUUAAUAUGCACGCUGUUCACGGAUAAGGAUGGGAAGACAAAAACGGGUUUCGAGGGGCGGAUGGGGAAUAAGAUACCUGCUCCAAGGUUGCUGAAGCUGACUCCUGUGGAUGCGCAUUUGGCUGGGGCAGACAAUAAGUUCCACGCUGGGCAUUUCUCUUGGGUUACUGAAAGCGGGAAACAAGAGAAGCAUCUGGUGGCGACUGUGGGCAAGUUCAGCGUGAUAUGGAACUUCCAUCAGGUGAAGAACAGUGCCCACCACUGUUACCAGAACCAGCAAGGCCUCAAGAGCUGCUAUUGCUACAAGAUUGUACUGAAAGACGAGUCCAUAAUCGAGAGCCGGUUUAUGCACGACAAGUUUGCACUCCACAAUUCACCCGAGGCCCCUUUGGUUGUGGCCACCCCAAUGAAAGUCACUUCUUUCAGCAUGUCUGGUGGCAAACGGUGAAUAAUGCCAUAGGAUAGAGUUUGGAUUUGGAUUUGGAUUUGGAAAACGGAGUCUCUCUUUCCUUUACUGAUUGUGGGUUUUUGUUUGCUGAAUAAGAUUAUCUUGAACACAACUUUGUUUUGUUUUUCAUCACUAGUUGGUUUGUUUUCUUGCUUGGAUCAUUUUAUUUUGGUGUACUUUCUUGUGAGAGAGUUGUGGAUUUGUUUUAGCGGGUUAUCAUAAUAAGGUUGUAUAUAUGUUGGGAGUAUGUAUAUUGUGCAUGCGGUUCACUUGACUUGCAAUUGCAUUUAUGAAUAAAAGAGGUGUGUAUUACUUGGAAUGG